UUCAAUUAGUUUAAUUCGGAAAUUCAAGUUACGCAUAAAGCUAUAGCUACACAGUUGAAACGAUUUCGUUGCCAUAAAUCCAUGCAUAAUUUCGAAAAUGCAAUAACUAUUCGAACCAAACCAAAUCUAAAUAAAGCAUUAAACGAUUAACAUGUUGUUUGAUAGUGGUUUUUAUUCAAAAUGUGCCAUAACGUACCAUGCACGUGCGGAGGGGACUGAAGAUGCCUGAGCACCUGCCGCAGUUGAUCGAACGAUUGAAAGUGUCCCCGUUUUCCGUUUCGAGUGCUGCUUAUCGAUCACCGACGAUCGCGUAACAUGUAUUAAGAGCCUCCCGUCGGUGCAUUGUACCGAUCACCUACACCGACAGUCACGCUAAAUUUAGCGAGGGGAACCCCCGGCCAGCGUCUAAGUGCCUGCCCCUUGAUGUUUAAGUAUUUCGCAAAAUCAAGCGCCCAUAGAUUAGAUGCCUCCCUCUCUGCCCUUAUAUGACAGAUAAUGCACAUAUAAAAUACUGCUCUUGUUCACAUUUUACGUUAAUUUUAUUGAUGGAAGCACAAAGUAGACCUACUUAGACUCGUUUUACUGAUCGGUUGCGCGAUUAGUCUGUCCACAAGCGCACGUAUUUCUUCGCGAAAACUCCUUUCCAUGGUUUGCCUCUAGGCGGCGCCAGGCGACACGCUCAAUUCAUUCUCAAUGGCAGGGUUUCCUUUCCGUCACACGGUAGCGAGUCUUUCUGUGCGCGGAGCGGGGACGGGGGGCGGAGCUGGGGCAGGCGUCAGGAAGCUGGGAAGCGGCUCUCACGCUUCCAUUCGAAAAUAGAUCAAGGCGUCCGGCUGUAACGGGGAGGAGUGAAGCGGCGGGGACGAGCGCGGCGCGCCGCCAUGAGUUGUGCGCGUUUCUGCGGCGGGGCCGCGGCUGCGGGGUCCGAGCGGCCGGAGCGAACGGGCUCGAAAUGAGCGGAGAUGCUGCGCGCUUCUGAGCGGCUCCGUGAGUAUGGGCGAGCAGCGGGUGCAGCCUCCUGCCUUUUCCUACACAUCUUUAUUAUUUUAUUAUUCUGUGAUGAACAUCUGGACACACCGACAUGGAAACCCUUGGACGUUAUGCCCGCUUUUACCUGUUUGCUGCCCGAUUGCUUUGCAGAUGAUUAAGAAUCAAUGGCCCGAAAGAUCUGGAAGAGUGGACCACGUGUGUUUGUGAGCGGCUGGGCGUGAGCACGUGCGUGUGAGUGCGUGUGCGGGUGUGUGUGUGUGUGCAGCUGCUGUCACAUGGCCUCCAUGCAGGACGGGGUGAACUUGAGUGCUCCUCCCUACAGCAAGGUCCUGCUGUUGGGGGCCAUUGCUGCCGCCUCCGCCUUUGUGGUCACCAUCCUCAUUGUGCUGCUCUGCGUGGGCUGCCAGAGGAAAGGGAAGUCAAACAAUGUCCCGACAGAGGGGGCGAAGCACAGGAUCAUGGACAUGAGCCGGCUGCGCCAGUCAAAGCUGCGCUCAAUCAGCAAAUCCGAUACCAAGCUGCACCAGAUGAACAAACCCAACUGCAAUGGCAAGAGUGCCUCAAAAAGCCGCCCCGCCAGCAUGGACCUGCUCCUGCUGCCCAGUCGGCGCCGGCGCUCCAACUCAGACCUGCGCAGUGGCCCGGUCCGCCAGCUGCCACAGAUCCCCGCAGGUGGCUCUGGGGAUGAACGCGAGCAUACCUACUCCGAGGUGGGCCAGCGCUCCUCGCCCGCACGUGGCUGCCCAGAUGACGCCCUGUACGAAAUGGUGGGGGGGCGGGCCGGAGAGACGGACACGCCCGCUCCGCCGGUGCCCGCCAACACGCCCGCACCACACAGCCCUGAGCACACAGAAGGCAUGGACGACAUGACUGUGGCCAUCGGCGUCGAGGUGCCGCCAGUGCCGGGACCGGGCCCAGACCCGGUGACCGCCGAGUAUGCCUGUGUGAGGAAAGUCAGGAAGCCUGACAAACCACAGCGGAAGGACAUCGGCGGGGGGGAGCCGGGGGAGAGGGAGCAGCAGCGUCACUCAAAUACGGACCUGCACCAUGCCCCACCUCCUCCACAUCAUGCCCCGCCCCCUCCAAGAAACCUUACCAUCCCCACCCCCACAGAGAAACCAUACCACUGCCCCCAAGGAGAAGCUGUAUCACCCCCCAUAGAGAAACCCUGUAUUAAUCGAAUUGUGUCUGUGCUGUGUGAAUGUGGUCUAACGAGAGUCAGAUGCUUUGUACACAUGGUCUCUCUGCCUUCUUGCCACCAGGAGGCGGUGUUCAUGGGGAACGGGGAGGAGUACAUAUGGAAGCCCCCUGAGGAGGACGACCUCAGCAUGUUCCAGGCCAAGCCCCCAUGCCCCUUAAAGCCCGGUAACGCGGAGGGCGGGGGCCCUCAGAUGCACUCCGUGGCAGUGGGGGUCCCUGAAGUCUACUCAAAACCUGGGAAACCCCUUAAGAAGAAGCGACCCAUGCCUGGUUCUCCACCAUCCAGGGACAGCAGCGGGCAGCGGACGCUGGCCAGGGAGGGCUGCUCGGCCGGCUUCAGCGUGGUGGUCAAACCCCAGUUGUGGGCGACAGGCGGCUGCCAGCAGGACGGUCGGGUGGCACCCCCACCUGAGGACCCUUGCUAUGAGGCCAUCAGCGAGAAGCCGUGGCCAGCAAGGGCUGGGUCCAUGGAAGAGUUGGACUCCGCCUAUGAGGCCGUGGACACCGCCUGGAAGCAGGAGCGGCCCCCCAACGCCACGCUGAAGCCGAGGAAGAAGAAGGCGCUGCUGCCUCCACAAGGGCUGCCCGUCAAGGCCCCCCCGAACGAGGCCCUGUACGACGGCAUCAGCAACGUGCGCCAGGGCGUGCCCAGCUGCAGCACCACCACCAUCUUCACCUUCAACGACGGCAUGGAGAUGUACGUCACAGGCCUGUAGGGGCCCCGUGCCCCUGCAGCCCCACAUUGCCCCUUUGGAAAACGAGCACAUGGUAGGUGCCAGUCUGGCCACCAGCAGGGGGCGCCGCUGCAAAGAGACUCUCCCACUGUGAAGCCCCCUAGUGAUCCAGAGUGACGUCCCUGGUAGGCAGGUGGGUGGCUGGGUGGUGGGCAGAGAGAGCAGCGCUGCAGAACUUUACACAGCCACCCUCCCGCCUCCACUUACACAUUCAUGCAUCGUGUAAAGACUCAUCCAUGUGGCCUCUGUGUCUAUCUGUUUUUCCCUCAACACCCAUACACAUAGCUGUGCACACUUACACACGUGCGCACAGUUCAAAACCUUCAAGAUGGCUGGUAAGCACAUACACAGAAAGCUGUUGCAAAAAAACCCAACUCUUAAAAAAUAUAUGCAAGACUCACCUGUAGGUCAAAUAUUCCAUUAAUGUUAAUGAUUGUCCCACAGAACUCCACAGCACUCAGCAAAAUGCAGUGACUUUUCCAUUUAUGCCGAUGGAUGCAGACACAGAGUCUCGGAUAAAGAGGCAGCUGACCUCACAAACACACCUGGAAAAGCUGCUUAGACACAAAUAACAAACAGACUGGAAAAUCCCCAAAUUUCACUGAAACUUUCAAGUUACAAGGCUAAAAACUGCAGGAUUUAAAAAAAUGUAUUAUGAUAUUUAUGACUCAUAACACAUAUUACGAACUAACACCAAGGUCACAUUCUAAAGUUUAAGGCUUGAAACAAAAAUAACUAUUAAAACAAACAACCGGUGGAUAUCACAUUCCGUCAUCCUGAUCUGAAUGAAAAAUAUUUUAAGUUAAUGGAGCUAUGGCACCAGCAAAGCACCUACUGGGUUUUGUGGCAUUUUGCUGGAGCCAUGUGACCUUUCACACAAAGUAGGGGGGAUGGACACACCUAUUGGGCACACUAGCACUGUGCUGGGUAAGGGUCCAGUCAGCCAUCGUCAUUCCUGAGAAUCGUCUGCGUUCACUGGCAUUUUUGAAAGGUCAAGAGGUUGCAUUUUGGAAGGUCGCCUGAUCAAUUGUACAUCAAUUGUGUACAGACACCUAAAAGUGUCUGUGAAAUAAAUAAAAAUAUAUAUGUCCAGAGAUUAUGGGUUAGAAUGCUUCAUCUAGAUAAUACGGUCUUGUUCUUUCGAGUGACAUAGUAAGGAUCGGUCACGCAAAUCUGACUUGGUUUUGUUGCAAGGACACACACAGCAAGCACAGAGACAGAUGACUGUGGAAGGACUUCAGAACAAAACAAAUGAAUUGGUUGCUUAUAUUAUCGAUAGAAAUUGUUGAACAGCUUUCUGUAGGCGGUGCUGGUCAACCCAUUAGGUGGCCGUGUAGGACACCAUCUUCUGGGGGUGCUGACAGCCAGCCAAUUUUACUUGGAAGAGGACAGAGGCGAUAUAGGUGAAGCUCACCUAGGUGUCACAUGGGUUUGGACCAGUACUGCCUGUAAGCUUGCUGGAGUCCCUGGGCCUCAGGCUAUCCUGUACAGAGCAGAAAUUAUCUUUGAAACACCAGAAAAAAACACCAAAUAUAUAUUUUAAAAAUUACUGAAAUUGAUUUUAAAAGGUAGCUCAGGGAAAGAGGGAAAUAUAUUGUUUAGGAAUAAUUGAUGAAUUUUCAAUAGAUUCCUCCAGAACUCACAAAGGGAACUCUGUGGGGGAAAAAUUAAAGUUGCUUUACUCAUGUCAAUCAUGUACACAUUACUGGUGGUCAUAAAUGCAUUGUAUUUUUAAAAGCACUGCUUUUUCUUAGCACAUCAUACACACCACAAGGUACUACACAGACGCUAGGUCACUGCCAUUCGUACGUGUUUCUUUCGGUGACGCCAUUGAUGCAAUUUGCAUGCUUCCAAGAUGCAUGCUUUUGAAAACCCUGUAAGUGGUGGAAAUGUUUUAUUUGCUGCUGUUGUAACAUAUGCGUUCCUGUUUUCCGGUUCGUUUGUUUUCGUCAAAGAGCACAAUGUUUAGAAAUUGGAUUACGAUCUUGUCGGGUGUUUGGUAUUUCUGCAUGGCCCAGGCUUCUGUCUGCCUAACCGGAAGAGUGGCAAUUCCAGCUAUGUGGGGCAGCAAGUCUUAUCUCCUGCCCGAAGGCUGAGGAACCGAAAGGGUGUUCACCCUUCCACUCUGGCCCACCCAGGAAUUCUACGGUCCACUGAGAUAAAGUACAACGUAGCACUGGCUGGACUUGUCCCGCACUGAUUAGCGGCAGCCGCAAAAUCUCUCAUGGGUCCGGAUCCAAGGAGUCGUAAGUCGGACACGCAGCAUUUAAGACGGCAGAGCUUGGUGGAAACGGCCAUACGUCAGUUUACAUCUUUUUCUGCGUGAAGCGAAAAGGGUCAGUGCGUGCAGCAAUGGCAAAGAGACAAGCCGAACCACAAGACCAAAUCUCCUUCACUGCAUCCAAGAGGUCGGCACACGUUGUGCUACUUUGUUGAUCCAAUGUGUAUAGGCUACAUGUCACAAAAGAAAAUAAUAAUAUCCUCGAUGUUUUUAGAGAAAAAAAAAAAGAUUUCCCUUUCUCGUUUUGUGUCGGGAAUGACUACGGCUCAGAUUUCAACAGUUAUGAUGUGAAUUCUAAUCACGUGUUUGGUUUUCCGUUCUCAUAAAGUCUGAUAUAAUUCAUGUCAAUUAAAAUCCAGAUUAAUUUAGUGUGGCAGCUACAUUGUAUGUUUGCUAAACAAUAACAGGGUUGUAUGUUAUUAAGUGCUAAUGUGCAAAAGAUUGUAAUGUUUUUUAUCAAAAUUAUUCAUAACAAUGUUAAAGUGAAGUUUAUACUUUUGUAAUAAAGAAGCCUCUUAAAAUAGA